CCGACAACUCGGUAUACACUGUUACUCAACACGCCUAUCCGUAGAUGGUUUGGAAGAACUUCUUCAAUCGAGUCCUCAUCUUGAAGGUCUCGGCGUGGACUUCUGUGAAGUACGCUUAGGUGAGGUAGAACACGCCAUCUCAAACUUCAAGCUAGCACAAAUACAUGGAGAAGCUCACGCAGCAUCUGAACUGGAGACAUACUUGACUGUCAUCUCAGCCCACCCCACACUGAAAUGCGUUCGCAUCUAUACCCCUCCUGUUAUAGAACUCUACGACGAGUGACGCCACGCGCCCGGUACCGGACACCAACUGGCCGACGAGUGCGUCGAGGUAAUGCGGACUAUUAUGCAGCACUUCGCUACAGAGACACUGUCCUAUAUGAGCGCCUUGGGCUCGAAAGUAAAAUUCUGGGGUAUGAUGCCGAAUGCCAUGGAUGAGAAUGAGAAUGAGUCAAGUGUGGACGCGAACGGGCACCAAUGGCCGAGGUACUACUAUGUGCGCAGGCGAGUCAGUAUCGAUGAAAUGUUAGAAGGCGAGGAGAUCACAAAAGUAGUUGCCGCGCCGACGACGCAAGAUGAUGGUCUCAUGGAGGAUACCGUGUUUACGCAGGUGUUCGAUACCACUUGGAGCAGUGCCUGCGGGCAGGAACGCCGGUUCUUAGGUCACACGCGGAGCAAAGAACCACCCCCUACAAGAUACGAUGGUGAGGAGCAAACGUCGGCUGCUAGAGGUCGUACGCAGCGAACAUAACAUCAGUAGUAAACGCCUAUUGAUAUGAUGAACGUGCUGGUGAUAAGACGCAGGCACAACGCUGUUGACCUACACUGUAUCG